AUGAGUCUUGUAGACCAAGUAACAGAUCAAUUAGCAACCAUUGAUUUGAAAGACGAGGAUAUUUCAGAAUAUAUUACUGGUAUCAUUGGAGAUGACUCCAUGGAAGAAGACGAGAAACGUGAAGUCAUUUCCGAAUUUCUUUCUGAAGCAACAGACAAAGACACAGAAAAAUUAAUUGACACACUCUUGAGCGAUUGGAAGAAGGUUCAAAAAGACCAAGUGAAGGAAGCAGAGGAAAAGAGAGCAAAAAUUAUCGAAGAAGCUCGUGUCCGUGAAGAAGAAAGAAGACUUAAAGCCGAAAAGGAACAAGAGGUUAAUAGUGUACUUCGUAGUGCACAAAAGCAAAUGUCAAAGGAACAAAAAGAAGCUCGCGACAAAUUAAUGCAACAGUAUGGAUAUGUUGCUGAUGGUGGUGAUGAUGAUGAAGAAGAGGCAGAGCCUACCGAAUUAUCACCCAGAGAUCGUCGUAGAGGAAAGACUUUACCCACAGGAGGUAAUACUGGAUAA